AUGUCUGUCCCCUGGCCAUUUACCCCCAGCCGGACCAAGGGAACGGUGGCCUGGCUGGCGGAGGCCCUCCUCUGGGUCGGCGGGAGCGUGGCUGUGUCCCCGCAGUGGCAGCUUGGCCCACUAGCCGGCGGAUGGGGCCUGGUCCAGGCACACCGCGUCUUUUCCUCCCGGUGUCUCCCCUGGAGCCCAGCCUCCCUGUGCGCGGCUCCCCGCUGUGCCCGGCUGCCCGCUGUGCCCCCCGCCCAGUGCCUGCAGUUCAAGGUCAGAGCUCGCGGGUUUUCUGAGCGCCUCCGUUUCUGCGCCUUGGGCUCUGGACCAGCGCCCCUCCGGGCAGCCAGCCAGCGGGUGGGAGACGGCACUCCCCAGGGGGUGGAGGAGGGGGCCGAGGAGGACGCGGAGUCGGGGGAGGAGGCCGGAACCAGCAGGCAGAACAGCCGGCUCCUCGUGGGCAGCUUCUCCAGGCGCAAGAAGAAGAGCAGCAAGCUGAAGAAGGCAGCCAGCGUGGAGGAAGGGGACGAGGACCUGGACUCCCAAGGCAGCCAGAGCCGAGGGGCCGCCCGGCAGAAGAAGACCAUGAAGCUGUCCCGGGCCCUCUCAGACCUGGUCAAAUACACCAAGUCCGUGGGCAUCCACGACGUGGAGAUGGAGGUGGCGUCCAGCUGGCAGGUGUCUUCCUUCAGCGAGACCAAGGCCCAGCAGAUCCUGCAGCAGAAGCCAGCUCAGUACCUGCGCUUCAACCAGCACCAGCUCUCUCGCAUCUACCCCUCCUCCUACCGAGUGGAUUCCAGCAACUACAACCCGCAGCCCUUCUGGAACACUGGCUGCCAGAUGGUCGCCCUGAACUACCAGUCGGAGGGGCGGAUGCUCCAGCUGAACCGGGCCAAGUUCAGCGCCAACGGCAGCUGCGGCUACGUGCUCAAGCCGCAGUGCAUGUGCCAGGGCGUCUUCAACCCCAACUCCGAGGACCCUUUGCCCGGUCAGCUCAAGAAGCAGCUGGUGCUCCGGAUCAUCAGCGGACAGCAGCUCCCCAAGCCGCGGGACUCCAUGCUGGGGGACCGAGGGGAGAUCAUCGACCCCUUCGUGGAGGUGGAGGUCAUUGGGCUCCCCGUGGACUGCAGCAAGGGGCAGACGCGCGUGGUGGACGACAACGGAUUCAAUCCCAUGUGGGAGGAGACCCUGGUGUUCACGGUGCACAUGCCUGAGAUAGCGCUGGUGCGCUUCCUCGUCUGGGACCAUGACCCCAUUGGGCGUGACUUCAUAGGCCAAAGGACGCUGGCCUUCAGCAGCAUGAUGCCAGGCUAUCGGCAUGUGUACCUGGAGGGGAUGGAAGAGGCCUCCAUCUUUGUCCACGUGGCCGUCAGUGACAUCAGUGGUAAGGUCAAGCAGGCUCUGGGCCUAAAAGGCCUGUUCCUCCGAGGCCCAAAGCCCGGCUCCCUGGACAGUCAUGCUGCUGGGCGGCCCCCGCCCCGGCCCUCUGUUAGCCAGCGGCUCCUGCGGCGCACGGCCAGCGCCCCAACCAAGAGUCAGAAGCCAGGCCGCAAGGCCUUCCCGGAGCUGGUCCUGGGCCCGCAGGACAUGGGCUCUGGGGGGGAGGCCAGCGACGCGGCACCCUCCGGCCCCGGCCCCGCUCCCGAGGCCCCGGCCCUGGAGGAGCCGGGCAGCCGCAGCCCUGGAGGUAAGGCACCGGUGGAGAGGAGCCCGGUGCAGGCGCGGCCCCCGCAGGCCCCCGAGGGCCCUGGGCCUGCCGGGCUGGCCACCACCUGCAUGAAGUGCGUGGUGGGCUCCUGCACCGCUGAGGACGCCGAGGGCCUGCGGAGGGGGCAGCCGCCCAGCCCGGGGCCCGAGGGCGGGCACGCAGCCAUCAGCCAGCAGCCCCGCGCCUGGGCGGCUCUCGGGGGCGCCCCACACUGCCCCCCGAGAAGCAGAGGGGCCCCCAAGGGCCCUGGGUCCCGGCAGCCGGGGCCGGGCGGCCGCGGCUUCGUGUCCUCGGACUCCAGCAGCCCGGGCAGCCCUGAGGGGGCCCCCCGCUGGCCCGAGGGCGCCCGCAGGCAGGCGGGGGCCCUGCAGAGGGAGAUGAACGCCCUGUUCGUGCAAAAGCUGGAGGCGAUUAGGAGUAAGGCCCCCGUGCUCUCCGCCGACGCCCACCCCUUCUCCUCCCCGUGCAGCCUGGAAACCACUGCCGAGGAGCCAGCCCGGGGUCCUGGCCCCCCACCGCCGGAGGCCGUCUCCCCUAGCCACGCCCCUGGAGGGCCCCAGUGCUCUGCAGGGCCCGGCAACAGCUCGGCGAGCCCCCCAAGGGCAGCUCUGGGAGCUUCUGGGCCCCUCCAGCUCGGAACCGGGAGCCAAGGGAACACUGAGCCAGCCCCCGAAAGCAGGCAGUGGGCGUGCCACGGCGGGGGCCCUGCUGGGGCCUGCAAGGGGGCCCCCGGUAGCCAGAUGGAUGGCAGGGGCCGCCCCCGGGCUCUGGGCCAUGCGCCCAGAAGGGCCAAGAGCGAGGGGCAGGUCCCCUCGGAGUCCCUGGGUGGACGGUGGCCCCUGGCCGGGCCCCGCCCCGUCGUGUCCUUGGAUGCCACUGGCGGUGACCAGCUAUGGCAGCCGCUGGAGCCAGGCAGCCACUGUGGCAGCGUGUCCUCGUCCUCCAGCCUGUCGUCUGGUGACACGGUCAUCGACCUCUCCCUGCAGGGCCUGGGCUUGGGACUUGAGAGCCUCCCAGGGGCCCCGGCGGGACGCCUGCCCCUGUGGCCCUGUUCGGCCUCGGCCGCCCGCCUGGACCUGCCCGCUGUGACCAAGAGCAAAUCCAACCCCAACCUGCAGGCUGCUGGCCAGCUGCCUGUGGGGCCUGACGAGCUGCAGCCACGCCCCCUGGCCCCAUGGCCACCCUGGGCCCGCCACCCCCUGGUGGGCCUCCUGGACUGCACUGUGGCUGCCAAGUCCAAGAGCCUCGGGGACCUGACAGCGGACGACUUUGCCCCCCGCGUGGAGAGCCUGGGCCGCGGCCUGGGCCUGGCCGGCGAGAGGCCGGCAGGGCGGGGGGCGCGGCCGGACGCCCUGACAGAGCAGCUGCGCAGGCUCAUGGGGUUCCAGCAGGCUGGGGGCAUCAUGUCGUCCACCAGCGGGGGCCCGGCUGGGGAGGGGGCAGCGGGGGGCCUGGGCUUCCUGCGGCGCUCCUCCUCCCGCAGCCAGAGCCGUGUGCGUGCCAUCGCCAGCCGGGCCCGCCGGGCCCAGGAGCGGCAGCAGCGGCUGCAGGGCCCGAGGGGCCCCCCAGAGGAGGAGCGGGGCACCCCUGAGGGUGCCUGCUGCGUGGGCCAAGAGGGCUGUGGGGAUGUGCUGGCCCCCACCAAGGGCGCCACCAACCAGCUGUCAGGUGCUGCCGCCACUGGCCUCCUGCUGAGACUCUGAGCAGCCCUCCCUGCAGCCCAGGGCUCUGCGGGGGCCAGCGUUUGCUCAGGAUGCGGAGCUGCCACCCCCGAGGCUGCCCGCCUGUCCGGUGUGGCUGUGCCCCUCGGCCCUGCCCCUCCUCCUGGGAGGAAGGAGCCUGCCCUGGUGCAGGGCAAAGUUUUCACAACCUUUUAAGAUCCAUGUACACAUAGAGAGAUAUUUAAAUUUUUAGAGACAAAGCUUCUACGAUAAGAAAAUGGUGCCGUGUCCUUUUCCACUUUCCCCUGGUUUCAGCUGCAGGGCGUGUGCGGGCGCGCGUCUGCCUGGCCCUGCCACGCGAGGCGCCCAGAGUGACCUGGAGCGUGGCCAUCCCCGCCCCGACUGCUGGCUCGUUCUGCACACACUCUGCUCUGUGCGGGACGUUGUAGACUCUUGUAAACUCCUGGACACAGCUCCAAUAAACACGCUUGCGCUUGCUCCGAGUGGGCCGCGUACCCGGUGUCGCUGGGCCGGAACCUAGAAGAUGCCCCCCACCCUCUGCCCACAGACGGCUUGGCUGGACUGCGCCCAGGGUCAGGGCCACAAGCCCCGAACACACCCCUGUUCUUUCCCUCCCUCUC